AUGCUUCAAGGAUCAUUGUAUGCAAAUCACUACGACAUCAUCGUCGUUGGAUCCGGCGCGGCUGGACUGACGGCAGCCCUCUCAGCCAAAGUGUCCAACCCCGAUCUCCGCAUUGUCAUAGUCGAGAAGGCACCACGUGAGUGGAGAGGAGGCAAUGGCUACUUCACAGCCGGUGCCUAUCGCACCGCUCACGAUGGAUUAUCCUCUCUUCUGCCACUGGUCUCCAACGUACCCCCAGAGCUGCAGGAUAAGAUUGAUCUAGCGCCAUAUACAACCGAGGACUUUCAACACGAUUUACAGCGCGUGACAGGAGGGCGCAGCGACAAAGAUCUGGGAGCAGUGCUUGUCAAGGAUAGUUUGGAUACGGUACGCUGGCUCAAGGAACAUGGACACGUGGACUGGUGGCUCAGUUUCCGUCGUCAGGCGUAUGAAGUGCAAGGGAGAUGGAAGUUCUGGGGUGGUCUGGCGCUUACUGUCAAGGAUGGAGGUAAAGGUCUGAUCAAAAACUUGUCUGAUGCUGUCACCGCAAAGGGCAUCGUUACCUUGUUCGACACAAAGGUCGAACGCCUGCUUCUCNNUGAUGAGAAAGGAGGCAUAGCUGGAGUGCAAGUCUCAGAUUCGAACAACGCAGCUUCUACAUCUGAGCUAUAUGCCCCCAGCGUCAUUCUGUGCGCUGGUGGGUUCGAAGCAAAUCGACAGCUCAGAGAAUCCUUUAUGGGAGAGAAUUGGAAACACGCUCACGUCAGAGGAACGCCUUACAACACAGGGGACAUGCUUUUGGCAGCUCUGGAUCUAGAUGCAAAGAAAGCUGGCGAUUACAGCCACACAGGUUGCCACAGCGUUAGCUGGGACGCAGAUUCGUCUCCUGAUGGUGGUGACAGAGACAAAACUAAUGAGUUUACCAAGAGUGGAUAUCCGCUUGGGCUCAUGCUCAAUAUCCGCGGCCAACGUUUCGUCGACGAAGGCUUUGAUCUCAGAAACUACACGUACGCGAUGUUUGGGAGAUCAAUCCUGGAGCAGCCAGAAGCGCUAGCUUUCCAGGUUUGGGACGCAGACACCGUUGGCUGGUUGCGAGAGGAAGAGUAUCGUGACGACAUUGUUCGUAAGAUCCGAGCAGAGAGCCUUGAGGAACUGGCAGAGAAGCUCUCAGAAGAGGGCCUAAGGGAGCCACAAGAAUUUGUGCGUACGAUCAACGACUACAACGCAGCGGUUCGUGCACACCGCGAAGAGUAUCCUGAUGCGAAGCUUGACCCAUCGAUCAAGGACGGGCUUUCGACGCAGUCAUCUCGGAUGGCGUUGGAGCUGCCCAAAUCAAACUGGGCGUUACCUGUUGUNAAAGGGCCUUUCACAGCCGUUCGAGUAACUUCGGGUAUAACCUUUUCGUUUGGAGGAUUGGCAAUUGAACCCACUACAGCAAAUGUAGUGAGGAAUGAUGGGAGCAGCAUUGAGGGACUGUUUGCAGCAGGAGAGACGGUCGGCGGAUUGUUCUACGCAAACUACCCUGGAGGUAAGCAGAUUCGAGAUGACGAAAGAUGUGAUAAAGCUAAUGUGGAGCANGGCUCGGGGUUGACGGCUGGAGCAGUGUUUGGAAGAAGAGCAGGCGUUGCUGGGGCCAAACGGGCACAGCAAUUAAAGAGAAUCGGGGUCAAGCUUUGA